CACAAAUCAUUGCGCAGAAAACAAAACAAAAGCAGCUGUUUUUUUUAGCUGAUUCUUCAUUUGUUGUGUCAUCUAUUUGCUAUCUACGAAUUGGAAAUAUUUUUUUAAUUUUUGACCAUAUCCUGCUUUUACAACACAAUUAUUUUAAUCGACAAUAGACAUCGUAUAAAUUGCGUUUUGCAAUCACAUUUAAGAUGAACAGGUUGUCUUCAAUUCUUCACAUCAAAAACAAAAUUGUUAUCCUGCCGGCUCGUUUAAUUCAAAUUAAACGCCUUCAAUUGUAUCAGGACUGCUACCGCAUCCUUGGUGUAGCUGAGAACUCAGAUCAAAAUACAGUUCGCAAAGCAUACAUCGAAAUUGUAAAGAAAGUCCAUCCAGAUAGUGGUCACGAAGAAGCAUCUGCUGCUCGUUUUCAACAAGUUGACGAGGCUUUCAAAACCCUCCAAGAGAAAUUCGCUAAAAAUCGUCGAGGCAUAAACGACGAUGAAGAAGAAGAAGAAGUUUUUGAUAUAAAACAUACAGCACCACAACACAGGCAAUAUCUGAGUUAUGAAGGCUAUGGAUUUGGCACUCCAUUCCAACGAGAAAAACAAUAUCAACAAGUUAAAGCUAUGAAGGCUCAAGAAAGAGUUCUAAAUCACCGUCUUGAAAAGGCACAUGCUGGUGAAAAAACUCUAAUGAAAAAGGGUUCAUAUUAUAAAAAUCAUGCUAUCAAAACGAAAUACGGUUUUGAUCGUGUUGUGGAAGAUUUGAUUCAAGAAGCAAUGAAUAAAGGUGAUUUUAAUAAUUUAACUGGCACCGGAAAGCCACUGUCAAGUGCACAAUCUCAAAAUCCUUACCUUGAUUUUACAACACACAAACUAAACAGAAUUAUGCUGGACAAUGGUUUUACUCCCGAAUGGAUAAUGUUACAAAAAGAUAUUCGAGACUCUGUGGAGCUUCUUAGAGCCAGCUUAAUUAAAGAACGAUCUUACUUUGGCAACUAUCCUUUUGAUAGUGAUCAGGAAAAACUAAGAUGGGAACUGACAAUAUCUAAAUAUAGUCCGAAUGUGGAACAAAUCAAUAAGGAUAUAGAUAAGUAUAACUUGAUUGUUCCGAUUUUACAAAAUCAACUCUUUCGUAUUCAAAUAGAAAAUAUUGCAGAAAAGAUUUUAAAAGAUGAAUCACUUCCCAAAAAUCUAAAUCGAGUAAAGGAGUCGACUCCUCACGAAACAAAUACUUCUGGGGCUAAGUCGGAUUUGUUUAGUUUUAUUGGUUCUCUGUUUUAGUUUGGAAUUUACUUUAUUUUUCUGUUCUGUUGAUAAUUUAUUUUGUAGAUAUUUUUAUUUUACCGUAAAAACUCCAUACAAAUUGGCAAACAAAAUUUCUGUCAAUAUUUGUAAGAACCCAUUAUGACAAAGUGAUAAAGAAAUUGAUAUUUCGAAAUAUUCUAUCGGGAUUAAUGACUAUAGAAAAGGAUGUUUUUCAUUAAACAAAAAAAAAGAUAAUGUUCUAGAUGUAGGUAUUCGAUGUAGGUUUUUAAAAAAAUGAAAUGAUAAGAAUCUUGUAUUCAUAAGAUUGAAAUGUUGAAUAGAAUGCAGUGGAGGAAUUCGCAAUACAUGGCUAGUGAUCAUUUUCGUUUUUGAAUUUGAAUAAAACUACGAAUUGUGCAAGAAAAA